AGAGAGAGAGAGAGAGAGAGAGAGAGAGAGAGAGAGAGAGAGAGAGAGAGUCUUUCCAUGGCUGCCUCCAAGAUUCAAGCGCUCUGGAACCAUCCCGCCGGACCGAAAACCAUUCACUUUUGGGCUCCUACAUUUAAAUGGGGUAUCAUCAUAGCCAAUAUCGCAGACUCCUCAAAGCCACCUGAAAAGAUCUCCUAUCCUCACCAAAUAACUGUUGCAUGCAGUGGAGUUAUCUGGUCGCGCUACAGCACAGUCAUUACUCCGAAGAACUGGAACCUUUUCAGUGUAAAUGCUGCAAUGGCAGGGACUGGCAUUUAUCAGCUUACGCGUAAAAUUCGGCAGGAUUACUUUCCUGACGCUCAAGAGGCCGUCGCAAAAGAGUGAUGACGAAAA